AUGCCUGACACCCACCGCGCCGUCGUCGUCGCCGAGCCCGGCGCACCCGGCUCGCUGCAGGACGUGCCCACGCCGCAGCCCGGCGCCUCGGAGGUGCUCGUGCGUCUCACCGCCGCCGCCAUCAACCCCGUCGACUGGAAGAUUCUCGACUCGCCCAAGAAGUACCCGUAUAUCCCCAAGUACCCGACGGUGCUCGGCUCGGACGCCGCGGGCGUCGUCGAGGUCGCCGGCGCCCAGUCCGGCUUCGAGGCCGGCGAGCGCGUCUUCUUCCAGGGCAUCAUCGGCGAGCUGUCGGGCUCGACGUUCCAGGAGAAGGCGCUGAUGCCUGCCGAGCUCGUGUCGCGCACGCCGUCCAACGUCAGCGACGAAGAGGCCGCCGGCGUCUCGCUCGCGGCCAUGGCCGUGCUCGCCGGCUUCUACCACGAGGGCGCCGGGCGGCCCGUGGCGCCGGCGCCGUGGGAGAAGGACGGCGCCACGGCGGCCAAGGGACGCGCGGCCGUCGUGCUCGGCGGCUCGAGCAGCGUGGGCCAGUAUGCGGUGCAGCUGGCGCGCCUCUCGGGCUUCGAGCGCAUCGUCACGGCCUCGUCGCCGGCGCACCACGACCUGCUGCGCACGCUCGGCGCCACCGCCGUGCUCGACCGCAACUCGGCCAGCGCCGCGCAGUACGUCGAGGCCACGCACGGCCUGCCGCUCGAGUUCGUCUUCGACUCCAUCUCUGCGCCCGAGACGCAGCAGCUCGCCGUCGACAUCCUCGCCGGCGCGCGCGGUGGCGACGGCGACAAGGCGCGCGCCGUCGUGACGGUGCUGCCGCAGGACGAGGCGGCCGUCACCAGCGGCAAGAAGCACAACAUCGACGUCAACGCCGUGUUUGGCAAGGGCAGCGCGCCACACAUGCGCGCGCUCGCCGUGCCGUUCAGCCAGGCGCUCAGCGCGUGGCUCAAGGACGGCAGCCUCGUGCCGAACCGGCCCGAGGUCGUGCCCGGCGGGCUUGCGGCGCUCGACGCGGCGCUCGACAAGAAUCGCUCCGGCAUCAGCGGCCGCAAGGUCGUGCUCAAGCUCACCGGCGACGCAGCUGCGCAGGGCAAGGCCGACGUGGGGCAUAUCAGCGCGCAGAUCGCCCAGCUCAAGGGGUGA